CAAAGAGAAAGCUUCUAAUAUAAAACGAACUAGGGCCUCUCUUACAGGUGCUCAAAAACAAGAAGUUUGUCUAAAAAAAUUACAGAAACCAGCACCUAAAAAUAAAAAACUUGCUAAAAAAUUUAAUAUUUCAAAGGGAAUGAUAUAUAAUAUUUUAAAAGAAAGUGAAAAAUGGUUAGCUUUAAAAUUAGAUUCUUACGAAGCUUCACUUAAAAGAUAG